AUGCGUCUAAUACAUUCCACGUUAUCAUUGAAACAUUGUUUGCUAUCUGAUCAAGCUCGACCGACACUUAGUGUAGACUUUCGUGCCUUUAAAGAAAUAUUGCGAAUGAAACCGAUACCAGAAAUUGAUCCAUUACGAGAUCCACUUUCUAUUAUCAAAGCAACACGUUCAAGUGUUUCACUCGCUACUGCAAUUCCUAAACCAUCACACUGUCAAGUUACUAAACAAGUGUUCGAGCAUGAUGGACAUACACUAGAUGCCUUUUGGGUUGAUCAUCAUCAAAAAAACUUACAGAAUGAAUUCAAUAAAAUAGUACUCUACUUUCAUGGUGCAGGAUAUAUGUUAGAUGAUAUUCAUGGUAAGUUAAUUACUAUGUUCACACAAAGAGAUAAUUUGUUAAAUAAUGCUUAUUACAUUAUACAAAAAUCUCAAACAGGAACUUAUGAGGAUAAUUGA